AUGUUUCCACGUCUACUUCGCGGCCCCCAGAGAGCAAUCAUGAAUGGAGUCUGCGUCUAUGGAAAACAACCUCCCUCUCCACUACCAUUAUGCCGCACCUCUGCAGUCGCCAAGUCAUCCAACGCCUUCCGAUCAUUCACCAGACACCAACCAUUCUCCUCCGGUCCACGCAACGCAUCACCAUCUCACAAUCCGCCUAACACCGAAACAUCAACCCUGGAAAUCACCAGGAAAGCUUACGAAAAAGCCUACGCAGCGCACCGGCGCGCGCUGCUGUUAGACAAGCAGAGGCUCAAGGAGGCGUUCAAGCAGCGUAUUUCCAAAGUCGAAGCAGAGAUGGCGGAGAUCGAACGAGCGCGCCGUGUCAACAUGACCGCGACUAAAGGACACAACCAGCCGGAGCAGCCACGGCUGAAAAUCGACAACGACUUCGUCAGACGAAUGCCCGCCGAUCUAAACUUCUCCUCUAGAACACCCAACGAAUCGCGCGAGAAGCUCAGCAAUAAAGACGCCCUAGAAGCCACAAAAAAGGCCUACGAAGCGCACCGCCUCGCCCUCCAAAGAGAAACCCCGAGGAAGCUGGACGCAGCCAAGGAGCAGUUCCGAAAAGACAUCGAGACGCACCUUACGGAGCUAGGCUGCGCCACCCCAGGACGCAACACAACCCAGAGCGUCCUGGAUCUCAUCCGCCGCAAGCCCUUGGUCGCAGUCGAUCUGCACGAGCGGGCGUCGACGUGCAAGGAGUACGUCCAAAAACUGGAGAGGGCCGCCGCCUGGAAGAAGGAGUUGAGGGCCGGGCGGUGGGGGCGGAUUCGUGACGUUGGGUAUUUCGUGGUGAUGGUUUUGGCGUUGGACACCGUGCUGGACAGCGUAUUGGACCACUAUGGAAUCCGUCACGCCCGCUCCCCUCCGGCAAAGACAAGCGAGGCGGACGAGAAGGGCGAGGAGAAGGAAUCCGUUACCGAGGCGGAAGUGGCGACGGUCACAGCCAAAGAGUCGGCAGCCUGA